AUGUCAGGCCCUCAGUGCUUUGAGAAUCCACCAACCCUCAGCUCCAGCAGUGGAGCUGGGUGUGUUGCAGAAAUUGGAGGCCUCAAGGCCUAUGUUUCAGGCCCUUCUGAUUCCAAGCUUGCUAUUCUUCUCGUUUCGGACGCUUUUGGGUAUGAAGCCCCAAAUCUUAGGAACCUUGCUGACAAAGUUGCGGGUGCUGGAUUCUACGUGGUGGUCCCUGACUUCUUCUAUGGAGAUCCAUUUUCACCGGAAACCAAUGUACCAGUCUGGUUAAAAGCGCAUGCAACGGAUAAAGGAUUUGAAGAUGCAGAACCGAUUAUUGCAGAACUGAGAAGUAAAGGCAUAAACGCAAUUGGAGCAGCAGGAUUUUGCUGGGGUGGGAAAGUGGUCGUUGAGCUAUCCAAGGCUGGUCACAUUCAAGCUGCAGUGCUCUUACACCCUUCUCGUGUCACUGUGGAUGAUAUAAAGGAGAUUAAGGCACCAAUUGCUAUAUUGGGAGCUGAAACUGACCAUACGUCUCCACCGGAGCUCCUCAAACAGUUCGAGGAGGUUCUAUCCACUAAACCCGAGGUCAACGGUUACGUGAAGAUAUUUCCUGGGGUUGAUCAUGGAUGGUCUGUCAGGUACAAGGUUGAAGAUGAAGAGGCCGUGAAGCAAGCCGAGGAAGCACACCAGAACAUGAUGGACUGGUUUACCCAGUAUGUUAAGUAAAGAGGACUUGGCCUAUAAGAGUUUAUGGUCUCUAGUUAUAGUUCACUGCUCUUCUGCUGUAUUAUCAAUAAUGAGCCCAGAUGGCUGAGCUUCCGUUUAGAUGUUGUGUGGAAAUUGAGUUAUUCUGUUGUGUUUUAAGAUAGAAAACCAGUGUCUAUGGUUGGAUUGUCAAACCCCUGCAUCUCUGCCAGGAAGUGUUGACUUCUACUGGCAUUCGUAUACGUGGUCCAGGCACAAGCUUCGAAGCUUCAAUACAUAUUAGUGUUAGAACAUAAACGACGUCGUUUUUCUGAGGCGUAUUCAUCUUCUUUUCUUC